AUGUCGUACGCAGGCACAACCCCGCUCUUUGCACCGGGUCCUAAUCCACGGUCACCCGCGCUUCCUUGGCGAUCCGACGACUUUGUCGCUGUCGACGACCGCGUUCGCGGUGGAACCAGCCAUUCUCACACUGCCAUCGUCCAGUUCCCACCCUACAGUCGAGGCGAGCUCGUCUUCUCCGGCUUUCUCGACACCCUCACGCUCGGCGGGGCUGGCUUUGCAUCCCAGGCCUCCACCACUCCCUUCCCCGUCAAGCUCAGCAAGGAAAAUUUCGGCGGGCUGAGGCUGGUCGUGCGCAAGCAGCCUAGUUGGCAGGAACCCUCGCCGCCCUCGGAUGGAACUGUGCCCGGUGGUGGGAAGGCACCCGUAACAUCGUUUGUUUUCGAGAUCAAGACCGAGGUGCCGCAGACACGUCCUGAUGGCAGGAGGGAGAGUGUUGUCGUGUGGGAGUGGAGCUUCACUAUCCCACACGACGACGAUGGUGGAGUGCCGGAUGCCCGCUUGAACUUGCAGUUGACCAACGAUGACUUUUGGGUCUUUGACUCGACCUGGGCCGACUUCAAGCCCAAGUAUCGUGGCCGACCCGUCGACCCGGACAAAGCAGGCGAGUUCAAGCCGCAGGAAACGUACGAAUGGAGCCUCAUGGCACGUAGCAACUUCCAGGCCCAAUCUGGCUCCUUUGUCCUCCAGCUACACAGCCUCAACGCGCUACCCUCGCAAGACCACCUCGAGACCUCCCACGCGCUCUCAAGCUCCACUCUGCCCGUUGACGGCGCCGCAACCCACACCGAGUCGUGGGUCGACGAGAAAUCCAGCCAUUCCUUUCGAGCUGUGUUCCCGCCCUCGUCCGCACCUGUAGCAGCCACCGCUACCAGGUCAACUUCGGGCGAGUACUACGGCUUUGCGCUGUUCAUCUUUGCGACGGUGCUGUGGAUCGGCUGGGUCGCAUGGGCGCUGACGCCGGACGAGGUGCUCCAGCGCAUCGGUGUCGCGUGGUACCCGAACCGCGAGUGGGCGUUUUUGAUUCCGGCGUGGUCGCUGUUUGCCGUGCUCGCCGUGUAUGCCGUGUUUAUCGGGCUGAAUGCGCGGAGCGCGCCGGAGCUGGAUGCCAUUGUCAAUGUUACCGAUGGGGCACAGAAUGCGGUCGAGGUGGAGAUGGGGCUGGAGAAGCAUUUGUUCGAGGAUGCGGACAGGUUGGAGAGGAGUCUGCAUGAUAUAUACGAUUUGCCGCCGACGUACAUCUCGAGGCAGGUGCAUCUCGAGUGA